AUGCCGUGCAAGGUGGUCCGUGUGGAGGAAGGUGCAGGACGCUCGAAACGCUGGUGGAUGUCGUCGACCGAUCGUCGCGUGCGAAUCGUGGACGCUCCCAUGCUGCUCCAAGACCACCCUAGGCUUGGGACGAGUUGGCGCCCUAGCUGGCGCGCCGCCUUCUUGCUCCUCUUCACGGUGCGAGCGCUGGCGUCGCUGUGGAUGGCCGUGGCCGAUUGCGACGAAGUGUACAACUACUGGGAGCCCGUCCACCUCCUAGCUGGACCACAGACGUCUGACAGGGCAUUCCAGACAUGGGAGUAUGCCCCCCAGUACGCCAUUCGCUCCUGGGCCUACAUUGCGCUGCAUGCGUGGGUCCCGGCACUUGUGAGCCUAGUGCCGCUGCCCCCCUAUGCUGGCUUCUUUGCCCUGCGUCUUGUUCUUGCUGCUGUAUCAAGUGCGUGUGAUACCUUCUUGUACGAUGCCGUGGCGCGCCAUGUCAAUGUGCGCGCGGCAAGCUCUUCUCGCACAUGGCGUGCUACUCUGGCCUUUGCUGUGGGCGCGCUUGGCGGCUGGCCCUUUGGUCUUGUGAUUGCGCUGCCCUAUGUAUGGGAGGAGCUCUUUAUGCGUGGUAGCGACACCAAAUGCGUGCGCAUGCACCGUGCGACGCGCUGGCUGGCUGCGGUCCUAGUGGCUGCGCUGGUGGCUGCCCCGAUGCUGCUCGUCGACUCCCUGGCCUAUGGCCGUGUCGUGCUGGUGCCCUUGAACACGGUGCUCUACAAUGUCAUGGGUCGCGCACGCGGUAUUGGGCCUGAGCUCUAUGGCGUGGAACCACCAUCGUACUAUCUGGUCUCGCUCCUGCUCGCCUUCUCUGUGGUCGUGCCUCUUGCGCUGAUGGCACUACCGGCUGUGAUUGUAUCGGCGCGACUCCUGCCACAGCGCUUCUCGUCGAGUACGGGCUCUCAUGGUGCAUGGCUUCUGGGACUGCGUGUGCUUCCCGUGUAUCUAUGGGUGGCCGUUCUCACCGUGCAGCCGCACAAGGAAGAGCGGUUCAUGUACCCGAUCUACCCUUUGCUGUGUGUGAAUGCUGCCAUUUGCCUGUACUUGUUCCGGGCUGCAACCGAGACGGUGUACCUGCGCCUCACACGCUCGCCGUAUCGGGCCUCCCGGACGGUGCUCUUCUCGUCACUGACACUCGCUCCUCUGCUGCUGGCGGUGGUCCUAGGUGCGAUGCGCACGCUUGCGCUCAUAAACCACUACCGGGCGCCCCUCGACCUGGGCUUGGUUCUCUCUAGGAUGGAGGGCCAGCACCAGGUAUGCUACGGCAAAGAGUGGCACCGCUUUCCGUCGCACUUUUUUGUGGCGCCGUCCACGCGCGUGGACUUUGUCGAGUCCGAAUUUGAUGGCAUCCUCCCCCACCACUUUGCCGCGCAGCCGUCAGCCUUACCUGAAAAGCCCGACGUUUCAGGUGCCCAGCGAGUGCUCGAGCAUGUGGCGUUCGCUUGGCCCUGGGCCUCACUCACUCAGCGUGUUCCCACCACGGUCAACGAGCGGAAUGAGGCAGAGCGCGAUCGAUAUGUCGACCCACGCACCUGCUCCCUGAUGGUGGACGUCGACUUCCCGUGGCGGCCCGCGACGACAUGGGAGCCGCGGACAAAGUGUACGCGACGCUCGCUCGGACGCUAUGGCUGCCGAGUGCGCUGA